AUGUUCGAAGGAACAUACCUUGGGCGUAAGAACGAGCUGGUGAAUAAAAUUGCCAACAGCUUCCCAGAGCUUCAAAUGGAGUCGGCAAAUUGUGAAGAAAUGAGUUGGAUAGAGACAAUUGCCUACUUCGAUAAUAACAUCCAAGUCAGCGAAUUGACCAACAGGAAACCCUCCAAUGCGACGCCGUUUCCUCAUCGGGCAGGCACAUUGUUCAACAUACACUACAACAUAUCCUGGAGCGAGAGUUGUGAAGAUGAUUACUACCUUAAAUGGAUGAGGGAUCUUUACCAGUACAUGGAACCUUAUGUCUCCCAUUCUCCCAGGGCUGCAUACAUCAACUUUCUUGACCUUGAUCUGGGCACUAGCCACGAUUCUGUUGAAGAGGCCAGAGUUUGGGGUGAGAAAUAUUUUGGUGCAAAUUUUGAUAGGCUUGUUGAUGCUAAAACGCAGGUGGAUCCCGCUAACAACUUCAAUAAUCCUCAGAGCAUUCCCCCUAGGUGUGUUUAA